AUGGAUGUGUCCACUGUGCCCGCUGUCUUUCUGGUGCACACAGGCGGGGUGAUGGUGCAAGGUGUGGGGCAGACGGGGGCAGACGUGGGGCAGACGUGCCACAGCUUUGAGUUCAGGUGCUCUAAUGGAGUGUGUGUGCAUAAGCAGUGGAGGUGUGAUCAUUCUGCGGACUGUAUAGAUGGCAGCGACGAGGAGAACUGCGAGCAGGACGAGUGUGAGGUGAAUAACGGCGGCUGUUCUCAUUACUGUGUGGAUCUGCCUCACGGGUUUAUGUGUGAAUGUCCACCUGACAUGAGACUGGUGCUUGACACACACUGUGAAGAGCUGGACCCGUGUCUAGAUGCAGAUGUGUGUGACCAACUGUGUGUUCAUUCUAACGGUUCUUUUACCUGCGAGUGUCGUCAUGGGUACGUGAAGAGCUCAGAGAAUGGGCGGUGCUUCGCUGCAGAUGAUGCAGCAGCGGUGAUCUUCAGCAGUAGUGAGGGGAUCAUGUGGAUGAAGCCUGAUGGCUCUGGGCUGAGAAACAUCAUCAACACAACAGGAACAUCUGGAGCGCUGACCUCCCUCUCUGAUGAUAACACACUGUACUGGACUCAACACACACACAUUUACAAGCUGGUUCUGGAUGCAGGGCCUCUGGACCCGACGGUGAUGUUCUCGGGGGUCAGUGGGAUUGUGAGUUUGUCUGUGGACUGGAUUAACAGGGUUCUGUACUGGACCAGUACGAGUAGCAGAGCCGUCCAUGCCGCAGCGCUAAACGGAACCGAACACUUCGUUCUGAUCUCGGGUCUGCAGUCGCCCGGUGCGGUGGCCGUGCAGUCGUUAGCCGGCUUCCUCUUCUGGACCGACACCGGAGAUUCUCCCAGAACCAUAACUGCUGUGUGUUAUCGAGCAGACGAGCCGCGCGGCCUGCUGUACUGGGCCGACUCCAGCCUGAGGACCGUCUCCAGGGUGACGUACGACGGCCUGCACAGGAAGACGGUUCUGGAGUCGAACAGCCAUCUGGACCAGCCGUUUGGUCUUGCGGUGUUUGAGGAUGCUGUGUACUGGAGUGACCGGGCUACAGGAGUGAUCUGCAGCGCUGAUAAACACAACGGUAAACUGCUGAAGGUCACCCAUCUCUCUGAAGCGAGUUCCCCGGCGGGAUUAGUCCUGUACCACCCGCUCCUGCAGCCCACAGGUGAGCGCCACGCUGCGUUACCUUAA